UCUCCACAGCGCUUAACGCUACAAUCUCGUAGUUUCUCUGUGUUGUGCUUCUCCCUUGAUUUCUCUCUGCGUAACAUUUUAACUGGAUUUAUUUUUCUGGGUUUUUACUUUUCUGACUAGACUGACAAGACUCUGAGGAAAGUUUGGAUUCCUGUCCAGGAGAAUGGCUGUUAGACUUCAGGAAGUUUUCUCCUUCAAAGACGCUGAACUUCCCUGCCACCUUCUUGGACAGCUCAACAUCCUCCGGCAGGAGCGCAUCCUCACAGACGUCCUGCUCUGCAGCGAGCAUGAGGAGAUCCCCUGCCACCGCAACGUCUUGGUCUCCAGCAGCCCGUACUUCCGUGCAAUGUUCUGCAACAACUUCGUGGAGAGCAGCCAGACGCGCGUGAACCUGAAGGGAAUCUCUCCGGAUGUCCUCACCGCCAUUGUGAACUAUGUUUACACGGGCUGCAUCUCUGUCACCAUGGAAAUCGUGCUGCCGCUCAUGCAGGCGGCGUCCAUGCUUCACUACGGCGGCCUCUUUGAGGCCUGCUCCAUGUUUCUCCAGGAGCAACUGAGUCCAGAGAACUGUCUCAGCAUGAUCCGGUUAUCGGAGAUCCUCCACUGCGAGAGCCUGAAGGAGAGAGCGAAGGAGAUGGCCGUGAGGUGUUUCUCCGACGUAGCCGCCACAGAGGACUUCUGCGAGUUGUCUCUUCCGGAGCUGAUGUGCUACCUGGAGGACGACCGCCUUUGUGCUGAGGAGGAGCAAGUCUUUGAGACCCUCCUGGCGUGGAUCCACCACGACCCCUUCUCACGACGCGGGGCCAUCCACGAUCUCUUCAAGAGAGUCCGCCUGCGCUACAUCCACCCAACGUACCUCUUCCAGUUUAUAGCCAACGACCCGCUGGUGCAGUCCUCCACCCUUUGCACCGAGAUAAUCGACUCGGUUCGCCGGCUCAUGCUUACGGCCAGUGCCAAGUGUACUCGUGAGCUGAAGCCGCUGUGGACCACGCCGAGACGUUACACCUGCAGAGAAACGCUGGUGGUGGUCGGAGGACGCAAGAACAAUGAGCAGACUUCGCGAGAAGCUCUGCUGUAUGACGAAAGGACUCAUCGUUGGCAAUGGCUGGCCAAGCUCCCGCUGCGCCUCUACAAGGCCGCAUACGUGUGCAUUCACAGCAUCCUGUACGUGGUUGGAGGCCUCAGCCUCUGCAUGACCUCCGGUGACAGCUCAGUCAGCGCCACAGUUUACACGCUUUCCCUCAAAACUAACCAGUGGAGGACUGCUGAGCCCAUGUUGGAGCCACGAUACGCCCACCAAAGCGUGUCCUAUUUACACUUCAUUUUUGUGCUGGGAGGCAUAGGGGUCGACAAGAAAAUAACUCAGUCAGUAGAGAGGUAUAAUAGCAUGUUUAAUCAAUGGGAGGCCAUGGCACCGAUGCCCACGGCAGUGCUCCAUCCAGCUGUUGCAGCCACCGAUCAGAGGAUCUAUGUUUUUGGAGGAGAGGACGCCAUGCAGAACCCAGUCAGGCUUAUUCAGGUGUAUCACAUCUCUCGCAACCUGUGGUCAAGGCUGGAGACGAGAACGGUGAAAAAUGUUUGUGCCCCUGCUGCGAUCAUAGAGGACAAGAUCUAUAUUGUAGGAGGCUAUACGAGGCGAAUGAUUGCAUACGACACCAAAGCCAACAAAUUCGUCAAGUGUGAAAAUCUGAAGGAGCGAAGAAUGCAUCACAGCGCGACGGUGAUCAAUAACAAGCUCUACGUCACCGGCGGACGCAUCCUCAACGGCCACGACGUCAUCGAAGACUCAGACUGCUUCGAGUGUUACGACCCAAAAACAGACGCUUGGACCUCGAAAGGUUCUCUGCCGUACAAGCUAUUUGACCACGGCUCCCUGCCCCUCGUCUGUGUUUCCAACAGGCCCAACCCACCGUGACCCGCCGCCCGCUCGGCCGCAUGUUCUCCACCUCUUCAUUGCCCUGAAUUGUUGGCAAUGUUCAUCAGAGGGAAGUUAUUUCAGACUGACAGCUGUCCAUCACGCUGCUCCGUCUCUGACACCACUUAGCGGCCCAGCUGGCGUCCAACCCUCAGAGGAGCGUGUGCAGAGAAAACACCCAGAGAUGAUGAGCUGUAGUUCUGCUUGCACAACAAGUAGUUUGCUCAGACUUGCUGUAUGUGAUGAGUACAGCCCUUUUCUGAGGAUAGCUGCCCUCAUUUGAUGUUAACCAAAAGUGGUAUUGCCUCCAUUUCCCGUACAUUUAUAGCCAGCACAUCAGCCUGUGUGGCAGCUGCAGUCCACUUCUCUGUUUUGGUUCAACGCGGUGGGAGCUGUGUUUGGCUGCAAGCGGGGUCUCUGAGCUCGGGUUGACACGCAAAAGGAAGGUGGAUCGGUCACAUUUGUCACUUAGUAAAUAAUACAUUCCUCCCUGAGCCACAUGUGUUUGUCAGAGCAAACUUUUUUUUAAUGAGAAAAGCUUUUACAGAACACCAACAAGCUCGUGCAUAUAUUCUAUUUGAUUAAAUCUUGCAAAGAACAACUAUUUACCAACAUUAUUCCAGCUCUCUGGCUUUAUUUAUUCAUUUAUUUAUUUAUUUCUAUUCUCUCCUUUAAAUCUCAACAAAGCUUGUUCCGUACAUAUUUCUAUGCUGCUGGUUACAAAAGCCAGAUUAAAGGAUGUUCAUUUGUUGCUUUACUUUUGAUUCUGCUGUGCUCGUAAAGUGCAGUUAGAUGAAGAAGAGAGUUUCCUUGCUACUGUACGUUGAUGUGAGGAUGUGUGACAGCGUGCCAGUGCCUGGGGAUGCUGCAGCGACCUGCUCAGAGCAGGAGGGAGCAGGAUCGGUGCGGGGAGAUUGUCAGCCUGUGUGUCUUUGUCCUGAAACCCUCUUUGUCCUCUCGGAGGAGCCGUGCACAGCUGAGCUCCAGCCCUCGGCUACGAGAGCUUGCAUGUGCAACAAUAACAUAACCUUACUGGAAGAUUUGUGGUCUAUGUCCUCUUUUUAAGACCGUCUGUGGCUUUUAGUUGUUCUUUCUUACAAACAAAUUCAGAUACUUUUUUUUUUUUCGUACCCAGAGAGAUUAACGUUGCUUUGGUUCUCCUUUUGUUGUCACGCAGGCUGAGUCAUGUUCCCCUUCCUGCAAGAGAGGGACAAUUGUGGAGGCUGAUUCAUAACCCGGUACUUGACUAUCAAGUGACACGUCCGCUCUCCACACUUCACUAAAGUCAGCACAUCUGCUAACACGCCGCAUCGGUUUUGACGGUGGUGUGAUGUUGUAGGAAUGAAGGCACUCCUUUGUGUUACGCUGUGACCACCCAACCUUUUGGCCUGUCGAGUCACGUUGUCAUCACGCAGAGUCUCUCUGACGAACUCCGUCAGCGCUCUCCCCGGAGACUUGAGGAGAUCUGGGAUCAGAUUUCACUCCUACCUGACAGAAAGCCGCGGAAAGGGAAUUUCGUCUCAGAGGACAUUAACGAGUCGAGCACAGGCUGUCCCCAAGUCACAACGUGGUCACAUGAGAUAGCUCACAACAGCUUUCUGUCCGUAUGUUAGUGAGUGCAUUUGAUAACCGAGGCUCAGGUGAAACUUUAGCAGCACACGCUGUGAAUACACAGUAUGUCCAGACCAUUAACUACCCUGGUGUUUGCUUGCUGCCUUUCCCUAGAAACCAGUGUGUGAGGGUCACCCCUCACGCAUGCGAGGCUGUGGCCUGGCAGGUUAUUUUCAGUGUCUGUUACUAGCCCAUCCAGGGGUAGCAUUUUACUGCCAGCUCUGUGUGUGUAUAGACACUGCUAUCAUGUUUGACAGAACUAUACGCUAAUGCAAAAGCAGGGAGCUUUUUGCAGCUUACUGGACUGUCUCAGAAAAUUAGAAUAUUGUGAUAAAGUUCUUUAUUUUCUGUAAUGCAAUUAAAAAACUAAAAUGUCAUACAAUCAUGCAUUCAUUACAAAUCAACUGAAA